AUUUUCACAUUUAUGGCAGUCGUACUUGCAUGAGAAGUUGUCCCCAGCUGCUGUAGCUUUUAAGUAGUCCAGCUGAGAACUUGACUCCGCUUGUGUGUUCUUCAGUUACUACUACCUCUCUUGUUUGAUUGCACAUUGAAGAUUCUGGUGACGCUUUGUUGUAUGUUGAAUCGAAGUUAAAAUUCUGUACUGAGAUUCACCGUUGUUAGGAGCUCAGGUUGGGAGCUCUUGUGGAGCCGAUUGGAUGAACUGGCAUGGCAUGUUGAGACUUGAAUCUGGCUAGAAAGUUGUGUUACUUUAUGUGGAUUUGUGGACAGGAGGUCUGUUUUGGGAUUCAGAGAGGGAGGGGGUCUGGUGAGGGAGUCAAGAUGGAGCGGAAGUUGAGUGUUGGCAUUCUGGCAUUGCUGCUGGUGCCGUUUCUGUGCGUGUUGGAUUUAGUAGCUGGGCAGAAUUGCAACAGCACGGUCCCGUGCGCUGAUCCAAACAACUGCUGUAGCCAGUAUGGAUAUUGCGGAACCGACGAUGCGUACUGCGUGAUCGGGUGCCAGAACGGUCCCUGCCGCGACAGCCCCUCUCCGCCACCUCCGCCCGCACCACCAUCGCCGCCUUCCCCACCACCACCACCCAGACCAUCCGUCUCGCCCACACCCUCGUCUGGGGCUGGUCGCCUCAUCACGCGCAAGCUGUUCGAGAAGCUCUACCCGAACUACAACAAGACGUUUUACUCCUACGAUGCCUUCAUUGUCGCUGCAAAUGCCUUCCCCAAAUUUCUGAACGAGGGGUGUCGCGAAUCUCGUUUACGUGAGCUCGCUGCUUGGAGUGCACACGUGCAGCAAGAAACCGCAGGCCUGGUUUACGUUGAGGAAAUUUCAAAAUCUAGUGUCUACUGUGACGCUACCUCGACGAGGUACCCUUGUGAGCCAUACCAGAAGUACUUCGGUCGUGGGCCUCUUCAACUCUCCUGGAAUUUCAACUAUGGGCCUGCCGGUGAAGCUCUUGGCAUUGACAUCCUGAAGCGACCAUUCCUGGUUUCUUUCGACCCCGUGUUGGCCUUUAAGGCCUCCAUAUGGUUUUGGAACACAGCCCGCGAGGGCGGCAUUCCUUCCAUACACGACGUGAUCAUCGGGAAAUACAGGCCAUCAGCAGCAGACAAGGCAGCGAACCGCACUGUCGGCUUCGGAUACACCAUUAACAUCAUCAACGGGGGCAUCGAGUGUGGGAAAGGAACUGCUACCCCACAAGCAGCGAACCGCGUCAAGUACUUUCUAGAGUUUAGCGAAAAGUUGGAAGUGUCACCGGGGAAAAACCUCGACUGCACAAACCAAAAAUCUUUCGCUUAGAUUUCCCAUUUCUCUAUUUCGCCACUCUUCUUUCAUCCAGUUGGCCUCAAACCUGCCUGCUUCAUGAUCGAAUGAAGUGACUCCCUCAUGUUAGAACUUUCUUAAUAAGAACAAUUUUGUCACAAUUUUCUCCAA